UGGAUCUCAUAAACGGAUCUCUGCAUGUCUUAUCGGUAUAAAACUUUCUCCGAGUAUAGUUCCAGCGCUAACGAGAAUAAGUAUAAAAUGCGCAUUUCAUUAAACCGACACGUAAUAGCUCUUCUAAGACUUUUUCAUAGCCACUUCCCGCACAUUGCACAAUCAGUCUUCUGUCGCUCUUUCGAAUCGUUUCACAUCACAUUCCUCACUGCUUCCAGUGCCGCUGCCGGUGCCACUAGGGCGAUGACAGCAUUACCUCCUCAAAGAUCCUGCAUAGGCCCAUGCGUUUCCUCUAAAGAAUCUUUGAACUGCAUACCAGGGACAUCGCCUACCUUUUUGCAGGUGUGCGGCUGGCGGUGCUGUGGCCAAGCUGGUUGAAUAUCUGUCAUUUUUGCUCUCAAUACAUGUAACAUGUAUAUCAUGUACCGUUUUCCAAAAAUUAACACAGACAAGAUUCCUCGGCGAAGCACAAA